CCUCCAGCGGUGCAAAUAUGUGCUAAAGCCUGAAAAUGGGCACGGUGUUGAGUUUCUCUCCUCGCGAACGCCGCCCAGUGUACACCACCAGCUCCACGGGCGACUUCACCCUCAACAACUUCUCCUACGAGCAGUUGAACAACGCCAAGAACCGCGAGAAUAAGAACACCACCAACUCCAACAACAACCUCAACAUCAACAACAACGACAAUGCUAGAAUCAUCUCCGAGAAGAACGCGUUGGAGAAGAAUCUCAAAAAACACUCCCUCUUCAUCAACGCUCUCUCAUGGAAGCGUUUCUCAACCGCCAACAACAACAAGAAAAAGCUAGACAACAAGAAUAAAAAUGUGACGACUUUCCGACAACCACUCGUCGACAACAUCCACACGGUCAUUGAUAAAAACAAAAAUAUACAAAAGCAAGGCUCGUAUUAUUCCAACUCGAAGAGCACCUCGGCGCUCGCCUUGGACAUCGUUCGAGUGAAUAACGCGAAUAACAAUGCGAAUCACCACGCGAAUUGCGACAAAUUGACCAACAAAUCGUUACUGCUUAGAGAGAAUUCGGUUAAUAAUCAGAACCAAGUGGUUCCUGUCGCCGCCCCCAAGAAGACUGUCAUUCAAGCUUCCACUUCUGAACUGUUGAAAUGUUUAGGGAUGUAUCUACAUACGAAAUGCUAUAAAUUGAGGGAUUUUCAAGCGGGAGAUGCCGUCAUGUGGCUCAGGACGGUCGACAGGAGUCUGCUUUUACAGGGAUGGCAGGACGUGGCCUUCAUCAACCCUGCCAACGUGGUGUUCGUCUACAUGCUGGUGCGUGACCUCGUCGAAGAAGAGAUCGAAUGCGAGCAGGACUUGCAAGCCGUCGUGUUGACCUGCCUCUACCUCUCCUACUCGUACAUGGGCAACGAGAUCUCGUACCCCCUGAAGCCGUUCCUGGUGGAGGACUCCAAGGAGAAGUUUUGGGACCGUUGUUUAGACAUAGUGAAUAGACUGUCAUCGAGUAUGUUGCGGAUCAACGCUGAGCCGGGAUAUUUCACUGAGAUCUUCACCGAGUUGAAGGCUUGCGGGAUCGGAACCGUCAAUAAUAUGGCGACGAUGACCUGUCAGACGGUACCGGUGGUUCCCUGCAACGCCGGUACCAUGGCGGCUUGACGCAAAGAGGUCACUGUAGUUAAAUUGACUCUGGCCGAGAUGCCCACCGUUCCAUGUGAAGUUUAACCAUCACCGACACUCUUUUGUGAUGGGGGAGCCAGUAGUACUUUGUAUGACGGAAAAUGUGUUCAUGUUUAUAUUUUCGAGGGGAGAUGGCGGCAAAUAGGGUGGCUGGAAAAGCGGAAGCACUCAAAUAAGUCAAACUGAGGGGUUUUGCAAAGAUUACUCAAGGAGCAGGCUUUUUGAUGCUCUUAUUUUAAAGUCUGGGAACGACUUUUUAUCACCAAAAGAUAAAAGCAGUGGCGAAACAGUCAUUUUUAUUACAAAAAAUUUGGCGAAUUUAGGUCCUUUUACGUUGGUUCAUGGAAAUAAAAAACAAUCAAUUCGAUCCAAGCUUACGAAUUUUUUAAAUAAAAUAAGAUUUCUUUAAAAGUCAAACUAUAAAAACUUUUCAAAAUUUAUCGACCCAUAAGCCCUUAACUUUCUCUAAUAUAACCCAACGUUUCAAGAAAAAAAAUAUGAAAUUUUUAGAUUUUAUUUUGUUUAAUUUUACAUCCAAGAGGAUGUCCUUAUUUUCAAGGUUUUAUAUGUUUACAAAAGUUUCUGAAUUUAGUAAAAUUUUUUAUUCACAAUCACUAAUGUAAUAUGCCGAUUACUAACCUUUUUAAGGUUGGGAAACGUCAUUAUUUCUCAUGAAGAGUAAUAAAUGUUACUCCUCGUGGGUGGUAAUAUGCAGGAUUGCCAACGUUAAAAUUACGAAAAUACCUGAAAUUUUUUCUUUUAAAUUGUCAAGUUACGCAUAAUAUUUCGCUAAAUUAGUAUUCAAUUGCUUUUGUAGCAGUUUCUCUUAAUUCUUGGGGAGUACAUUGCUCCAUUUCGACGACUUUAAUUCAGAUUUACACAUUAUUUCAAUAUUUUCUUUGACAUUUCUGAAAUGUCAAAAAUCAAACGUCAUUUAGAUGGUCUACCACGUUUGGACUUUAACUUUGUUAGAAUUUUAUUUUACUCAAAUUUUUGACUGAAAAUAAUGUGAUUGUGAAUAAAAUACCAUACAAUCCUCGGUGGUAAUGGCAUUACCCCUUGUGCUUUAU